ACUGACGUAUAUGGCUUCAUCAUUAUCGUAUUUCACCGCUCGAAAUAUGAUAUUUUUCAACAUUUCUUUGGUUUAUAUCAUUAGUUUUAUUAGGCUAAUAAUCUCUCGUCAUAAUUUGCAUUCAUGACACAAUCGGAGAUUUGAAGUUGUGGUUUGAUAUUCAAAACAGGCGGCUGUUUUGCGGUUAGACAAGUAUAUUUACUCACCUACAGUAUGUCGAGUCGGUAUUGUUUUGACUCCCGGGAGAUUAAUAUGAGUGCUCCGCCGGUGAUCCGACCGCCGAGUCCCCUGUCCUCGGUGUCCAAUGGCAUCUCUUUCCAGAUCCAGAUCGGGCUGAGCCGCGAGCCCGUUCUGUUGGACUCUGUCGACUUCAGUCUCGCUCAGGUCCGGGAGAUGGCAUGUUACAUCGUGGACCAGAAGUUACCUGAGUGUGGCUUCUAUGGGAUGUAUGACAAGAUCCUGCUGUUCCGCCACGUCCCAGACUCAGAGAACAUCCUCCAGCUGGUGAAAUGUGCUACAGACAUCACAGAGGGAGACCUGGUGGAGGUGGUGCUAUCAGCCUCUGCAACAGUGGAGGACUUCCAGAUCCGUCCCCAUGCCUUGUUUGUCCACUCCUACCGGGCCCCUGCCUUCUGUGACCACUGUGGAGAGAUGCUGUGGGGCCUGGUGAGACAGGGCCUCAAGUGUGAAGGUUGUGGUCUGAACUAUCACAAGCGCUGUGCGUUUAAAAUCCCAAAUAACUGCAGUGGUAUACGCAAGCGGAGGUUGUCCAAUGUCUCUCUGACCGGCUUGACCACCCUGACCAACACACGGUCCAAUGAGCCUUCGCCUUUCACCUCCGACGAGGCCUUACUGUCUUCUGUCAAUUCCGGCAUGGAGCAGAAGGCACAGUCAGACAUCUUUCCUGGCAGAGAGAGAAGGUCCUCUUCCUACACCGGCCGGCCCAUAGAGUUAGACAAAAUCCUCCUGUCCAAAGUCAAGGUGCCUCAUACCUUCGUCGUCCACUCCUACACACGCCCCACCGUCUGCCAGCACUGUAAGAAGCUACUCAAGGGCCUGUUCCGUCAAGGCCUGCAAUGCAAAGAUUGCAAAUUCAACUGUCAUAAACGAUGUGCACCCAAAGUGCCAAACAACUGCCUUGGAGAAGUGUCUAAAAAUGGAGAACUACUGAGCCCAGGGGCGGAGUCUGAUUUGGUGAUGGGGCAGGGUUGUGACGACCACGACAGGAACAGUGGUCUCAUGGAUGACAUGGAGGAGGCCAUGGUGACUGACUGUGGCCUGCUGGAGGCUGGCCAUGGGGAAAUGGGAGAUCUCCACGACCCAGAGGACGACUCCAACAGGGCUAUAAGCCCAUCUACUAGCAACAAUAUCCCGCUGAUGCGAGUGGUCCAGUCAGUCAAACACACCAAGAGGAAAAGCAGUAAUGUCAUGAAGGAAGGUUGGCUAGUGCACUUCACCAGUAAAGACACUCUGAGGAAAAGACACUACUGGAGACUGGACAGCAAAUGCAUCACGCUUUUCCAGAAUGACACAGGAAGCAAAUACUACAAGGAAAUUCCAUUGUCAGAGGUGUUGUCUCUGGACCCAGCCAAGACCUUCAAUCUGCUGUCUGAGGGCUCCAACGCCCACUGCUUCGAGAUCGCUACAGCCAGUCUGGUCUACUACGUAGGGGAGAACCUGGCGAGGCCGGAGGGCCCGGGGAGCAUGUCGGCCCACGGCAGUAUGAUGGUCAGUGGGGUCGGGCCGGACGUGGCCCGUAUGUGGGAGAUCGCCAUCCAGCACGCCCUCAUGCCCGCCAUCUCAAAAGGACCGUCUCACGGGUCACGCCACGGUGGCCACAAUGAUGUUUCCGUCAGCAUUUCAGUGUCCAACUGCCAGAUUCAAGAGAACGUGGAUAUCAGCUCAGUGUAUCAGAUAUUCCCGGAUGAAGUCCUAGGAUCGGGGCAAUUUGGGAUAGUUUAUGGAGGAAAGCACCGAAAAACUGGCCGGGAUGUAGCAAUUAAGAUCAUUGACAAGUUACGCUUCCCCACCAAGCAGGAGAGCCAGCUACGCAAUGAGGUCGCCAUCCUUCAGAACCUGCAUCACCCUGGGGUAGUGAACCUGGAGUGCAUGUUUGAGACGCCGGAGCGCGUCUUCGUUGUCAUGGAGAAGCUCCAUGGAGACAUGCUGGAGAUGAUCCUGUCCAGUGAGAAGGGGAAGCUGCCUGAACGCAUCACCAAAUUCUUUGUCUCACAGAUUCUUCAGGCUCUUCAUCAUCUCCACUUCAAGAACAUCGUCCACUGUGACCUCAAACCAGAGAACGUCUUACUGGCGUCCUCUGACGCUUUUCCACAGAGUGGGGACGCACCUCAUUUGAGGCGCACCUUAUCUGUGUCUCAGGUGAAGUUGUGCGACUUUGGCUUUGCCCGCAUCAUUGGAGAGAAGUCUUUCCGUCGGUCAGUGGUGGGCACUCCGGCCUACCUGGCCCCUGAGGUCCUGAGGAACAAAGGCUACAACCGCUCCCUGGACAUGUGGUCUGUGGGGGUCAUCAUCUACGUCAGCCUCAGCGGUACCUUCCCAUUCAACGAGGACGAGGACAUUCACGACCAGAUCCAGAACGCUGACUUCAUGUACCCACCCAACCCCUGGAAGAAGGUGUCCCCGGAAGCAAUUGACCUCAUUAAUAACUUGCUGCAAGUCAAGAUGAGGAAGCGCUACAGCGUGGACAAGUCUCUCAGCCAUCCGUGGUUACAGGACUACCAAAUGUGGUUGGAUCUGCGCAGCCUAGAGUGGAAGAUGCACCAGCGCUACAUCACGCACGAGAGCGAUGACACCCGCUGGGAACGCCAUGCCGAGCAGCACGGCCUGACGUACCCUGCCCACCUGGUCAACCCGCACGCCGACGUCAGUGAGGGGGUGGAGCCUGAGUCGGAGGAGGUGGACACUAUGACGGCCCUCAGCGUUAGGGUCAAUAGUGUAAACGCUGGGCUGCUACCCCAUUAAGAGUUGGCAUGCUGCAGUACUGUACACUGCUGCUGCCGCCCACUUUAGAGCCUGCUCACUCCCUCCACAACACAUCACAGCACAACGGACUGACUGACCCCUCCACUCCCAGCCAGGAACUAGGAGCUCGAUAUCCAAACCCCGCCUUUAAACUAACUGCCUAACGAACAAAGAAUCUAAUUUCCAAUAGUCUGUAUAGGAGUUAACCAGGUGUAUUGCCUAACUGCUUAAUGUAAGUGAAUCUAAUUACUAAUACUGUAAUACUCUGGGUAUGAGUGAUCAUCCAGGUGUACUGCAUAUUAAUUCAACAGCAGCAACCAAUCACUUCAAAAAGCAUUUUUCAUGAUGAUGUGGCCGGUGACACUUUGCUUCUUGAAUGUCCAAUAUCUUGAAAACUUGACUGCUGACAUCCGAAACAUUUUGGGACUAGUUUUGGAGUGGAUUUCCACUUGAAUUCAACAGCAGCAACCAAUCCCUCCAAAAAGCCAAAUGAUUUAGUCAAAACUAAAUGAUGUGAUUGGGUGCAACCCAACGAGAGAGCUCAGGACAAACCUGUGCUACUCAGAGUGAGAACAGAUAUUAUUAUUAUUACUACUAUUACUAGUAUUAUUACUAAAGUAUGAUGAAAAUUCACCUAAAACCAGUAAAGCUGGAUGGUGGAAAAACAAAGACCGAGAGGGGAGGGGUGAUACCCCAUUGUAGGCUGGAAGUGUGUGGAGACAGAAUCCUGAGGCCUGGAUACAGAGAAACAGUGAAGGUAGAAUACCUGUAAGCAUCAACAGCUAGCUGCUUUUCUAGUCUAGUGUUGAAACUGUUCAUGAUGUGAUGCUGAAUGUUGAAUCGUAUGUGGCUACUGUACAGUAUGCUUGUGCUCUUUGCGCAAUUGCAACCAGCCUUUAAUGCAUUAUUGCCUGCAGGGAAGAAAUGAUUUUCUCUGGCUACAUAUUUAAAUAAAGAUGUUUGAAAGCAGA